AUGUCGACACACCAGGGUUCCGACCUGUUCAGCGAAGGAAAGCAUGAGGGGUUCUCCAAAUAUGUUAAACGCAUAAGAACCGCAAUGAGGAGAACCUCUACCAUCAAGACAUUUCCGGCGCCCGGUAUACAGGGGGCUACCGAGGUACCCGUCUCCAGUCAGAACACUACCCUGACAGUUACUCCUCGCCCACCUGCCACCAGUGUGGCCCCCAAUGCGACGGUGCUUUCCAACUGGGGAGCCAUCCAAGAACAGAAGGCGCGCGCAUUGUUCGCAAAGUAUGGAUUAGCCGUCGAGCCGGGAGAAUGGAAGGCGCCUAGCGAUAUGACCGUGCAGCGAGUGGUCAGACCGAUCCGUAUGCGAGUCCGCCGUACCUGCCACCGCUGCCAGACCAUUUUUGGACCCAACAAAGCUUGCGUCAAUUGUCAACAUGUUCGCUGCACAAGCUGUCCGCGGGACCCCAUUGCGAAGCCCGACGACAAACAGGCACAGACCGAAGCUGCACUUCAAACCCUCCUGUCGCAGAAAACGCCUGAGAUUGCCCCGGCGCCGCGCCAAUUCAGAGAACCUCGCUUGACCCUACCCUCACGUACCGGUGGCCAGGAUUUGGUCCAUAACCCACCUCGCCAGAGGAUCCGGCGAACCUGCCAUCGCUGCAACACCGUUUUCGCCGCAGAUGCUAUGGAAUGCAAUACCUGCCAACACAUUCGCUGUACCCUGUGCCCUCGCGAACCGGCGAAGCUUAACAAAUACCCGAAUGGGUAUCCCGGAGACGCCGAGCCUCCCUCGGAACUACCUGCACGGACAUGGAAGAAGCCCCGGCAACGGGUUCGAUACUUUUGUCACCGCUGCAACAACGUACUCCAGUCGCGAGAAACCAUCUGCUCCCAUUGCGGGCAAGAGAAAUGUGACGAGACCAUACGAGACCCGAAACGCAAAGAAAGGCCAAAACCCGACCCUGAGAUAUCGAAACGAGUCGAAGAGCGAUUGGCGCAUGUGAAGAUAGUGAGCAUGGGAUAA